CAGUACUCUCCAGCCCGCAUGAUCGUCAAGCUUCUGUCUGCGCACGCGAUGGCUACGGUGGGUUAGCAAGCUGUUGCCGAUCAUGUACGCCGCCGUUGCCCCACGUGCGGAGAAGGCAGGCCGAACAUGGAAGCUGCAGCUGGCGGCUCAUAGUUCGCUAAGAACACUCCAUGAUACGGUAGAGGGUUGAACAUAGAGCGUCGUAACGUUGAUCCGAGUUUACUGCUUAACGACAGUCGUGUAGCAUUCCUUAACGCACUCUCAGGUUCUGAGCAAUAUUCAACGUAGCCGACCGGGCCACUAACUCUAAGCCAGUAUAGCAUAAGACAAUAACCUGCAGACCAUGGCCACCCACUUACCCAAGCUCUCCGACCGACCAAGAAACGUCAACACGGGCAAGGCCGUAAUAGGCUACGGCAGCGACGCAAUCGCCGAGCAGCUCUCCCGCCUACAUCUCGACUACAUCGCGCUCGUACCUGGCUCAUCCUACCGUGGCCUCCACGACUCAUUGGUGAACUACAAUGGCAACGCCAAACCCGAAAUGCUCGUCUGCUUACACGAAGAACAUGCCGUCUCCAUUGCCCACGGCUACGCCAAAGUCGCUGAGAAGCCUAUGGCUGUCGGACUCCACGCCAACGUAGGACUCAUGCAUGCCACCAUGGCCAUCUUUAAUGCCUGGUGUGAUCGCGUCCCAAUGCUGAUACUGGGCGCUACCGGACCGCUGGAUGCGACGAGGCGACGGCCUUGGAUCGACUGGGCGCAUACGGCCCAGGAUCAAGGCGCGCUUGUGAGGCAGUUUGUGAAAUGGGACGAUCAGCCGCAUUCCGUCAAUGCGGCAAUUGCGAGUGUGGUGCAUGCGACUGUUGCUACGAGUGCAAAGCCUUGCGCGCCGACGUAUGUUUGCUUCGACCUGUCUUUGCAGGAAGAUGAAAUUGACCCGGAGACUGUACAUCUCCCGGAUACGGAGCGCUACCUGCAUCCUGUGCAUCAGCCGCCCGGUCCAUCGCCGGAUGAGGUCUUGCGUGUGAUAGAUGCACUGCACAAAUCGAAGAGGCCACUGUUUAUGUUCGGUCGAAUGAACGGUUGGAGUAAUUGCUGGCAAGAGCGGAUCCAGCUCGCUGAGCGUUUUGAUGCGCUGGUCUUAACAGAUAUCAAGCAAGCGGCCACUUUUCCGACUAAUCAUACUCUGCACCCUUGUCCGCCUUCUGUGUUCAUCACGUCGCAAGCCUGCGGAUUGAUACGCUCAGCAGAUGUCAUUGUCUCCUUUGACUGGGUCGAUCUAGCUGGGACGCUGAAGGCAGCGCAUGAUGUUGGCCAGGAGCCUGCGGCUACGGUCGUGCAUGUUAGUAUGGACUCGGCGCUGCACAACGGCUGGUCAAAGGACCACUUCGGACUUCCGCCGGCGGACAUCUCGAUAUAUGCGGAUGUUGAUCGGACACUCACUGCCGUCCUUACUUCGACCAUGGGGGAGAUACAUAGCUCGGAGUGGUCAAAAUCUGGCCAGACUGCUCGCAAUCAUGGCACGCCUGCAGCGCCUGAAUCAAAAAGCGAAGACAUCUUCAUGACGGACCUCGCCAGUGCACUUCACGCUGCUAUCCCAUCCGAAGAUAUAUGCCUUGUUCGUGUUCCGCUCGGAUGGAAAGGCGCGGACCUCCGCGCAACGCAUCCACUGGCAUUCAUGGGCAUGGAUGGCGGGGCCGGCAUCGCAUCGGGUCCCGGUCAGGCUGUCGGCACCGCCCUAGCCCUCCGCGAUGUUGCGCCUAAUCUCCUCGCGGUGGGCGUUUUGGGCGACGGAGACUUCCUGAUGGGCUCGUCAGCACUGUGGACAGCUGCGCGCUAUAGACUCCCGCUGUUGGUCGUUGUGGCGAACAACGGAUCCUACUUCAACGAUGAAGUGCACCAAGAACGGGUGGCGAAGAGGAGAGGGCGCGAGGUGGACAAUAAGUGGAUUGGAAUGAGGUUGGAAGAUCCGACACCGGAUGUGCAUAUGAUUGCUCAAGGGUUAGGUUGCGUUGCCGUUGUCGAGCAGCAGGUAACGCAGAGAAGCAAGCUUGCAGCAGUAUUGAAAGAUGCUGCAGCUCAAGCAUUCAGUGGCAAGGCAGUCGUUGUUGAUGUACGUGUGCUACCAGAAGGCUACGCGUCCGCGAUGAAAGAGAGCAAGUAGCUUGCUUUUCCUCAGACU